AUGACUGGAUAUUACCUUGCAACAUCUCGCGAGUUAACCCGGCUUAGUUCAAUCACUAAAGCCCCAGUCAUCCAUCACUUCUCGGAGACCAUUUCUGGUGUCAUGACCAUACGUUGCUUCAAGAAGCAGAACAAAUUUUCCCAAGAAAAUGUUGACAGGGUCAAUGAAAACCUACAGAUGGAUUUCCACUACAAUGCAUCAAAUGAGUGGUUGGGGUUCCGCUUGGAAAUGUUAGGGGCCGCUUUCCUCUGCACUUCGACCUUGUUUAUGAUUGUGUUGCCAAGCUCUAUUGUGAGGCCAGAGUAUGUUGGUUUGUCUCUUUCCUAUGGCCUGGGACUGAAUUCUUCGCUGUUUUGGACCAUAUAUGUGACUUGUAUCUUGGAGAAUCGAAUGGUUUCCGUUGAGAGAAUCAAACAGUUCAUUAGAAUCCCAUCAGAAGUUGAAUGGAAGUUGACUGGUUCACUUCCCUCUCCCAACUGGCCCAAUCGUGGUGACAUUGACAUAAAAGACUUGCAGGUUAGGUAUCGGCCAAAUACUCCUCUGGUUCUCAAAGGCAUAAAUCUUAGCAUCCAUGGAGGAGAGAAGAUUGGUGUUGUUGGCCGAACUGGCAGUGGAAGUCAACUCUGA